GUUGGCUUUGGUAAACAGACAUUGUGCUUCCAAAGCACGCAUCUCCUCUUCCUUGCUGGGCAAGUUCGAAACACAGACUCGUAUAAAUCCCCCCCACCAAUCUCUCCGAUUCAUCAACUCGCCCAUCACUGAUUGCGCUGGUGAAAUCAUCCAUUCUUGAAAAAAAAUAUUCCUGCCAUCAACCAUGUUUUCUCUAGGAGAAAUGCCCAAAACUGCUUCCACCUUCUUCUCUGCCUAUGCUUCUUUCGCCGCGACGAUGAUGCUUAUCCGGUCAAUGGCCAACGACCUUGUGCCGCCGGAGAUCCGCUCUUAUAUCUAUUCAAUCUUUCACCACCUAUUUCGUGGUUCUCUUUCUUCUUCCAGUCUCACUAUGGUCUUCGAGGAAAAUUGCGGGAUGACGAGGAACCAGGUGUUUGAUUCGGCGGAGAUAUACCUUCGCACCAAGAUCAGUCCCUCCACUAAUCGUCUCAUGGUCAGCAAAACAGAAAAACAGAAGAAUUUCACUGUAAUGUUCGAUAAGGGUGAAGAAAUCGCAGACAUUUUCGAGGAUCUGAAGCUGAAAUGGCGUUUCGUAUAUGAGGAACCUAAAGAUCAAUACUCUAGGGAGAAUAAAUACUUCGAGCUCAGCUUCAACAAGAAGUACAAAGAGAAAGUGUUGGGCGAAUACUUGCCUUGUGUCGUGAACAGAGCAGAAGACAUCAGAAACAAGGAGAAGAUGGUCAAGCUUUACAAUCGCGAUUGUCCACAAAACUACGAAGAUGAAUUUGCAGGAGGUAAUGGAUGGGGCUGCAUCAAUCUCGAACACCCGGCAACAUUUGAGACUCUGGCGAUGGACCCAGAGAUGAAAAAGAUGAUAAUUGAUGAUUUGGAUCGGUUCAUGAGGAGGAAGGAGUAUUAUAAGAAGGUGGGAAAAGCGUGGAAAAGAGGGUACUUGUUGUAUGGUCCUCCUGGUACUGGCAAAUCCAGUCUGAUUGCAGCCAUGGCCAAUUACCUUAACUUUGACAUAUAUGAUCUGGACCUCAAGAGUGUAUAUUCAAAUUCUGAUUUGAGAAGAACCUUGUUGUCCACCACGAAUCGGUCUAUAUUGGUGAUUGAGGACAUAGAUUGCAAUGCAGAGGUUCAGGAUCGGCAGGGCGAUGGUCAUCAACAAGACUCCGAUAAAAAGUUGACUCUAUCGGGGAUACUGAACACAUUUGAUGGGUUAUUGUCAAGCACUGGUGAUGAAAGAGUAAUAGUCUUCACCACCAACCACAAGGACAGGCUUGAUCCUGCUUUAUUGCGUCCUGGUCGAAUGGAUAUGCACAUAAACUUGUCGUAUUGCACAGUUCAAGGAUUCAGGAUCUUAGCCUCUAAUUACCUCGACGUUCAUGGCGAACACCACCUGCUCGAAGAAAUUGAAGGACUAAUUCAGUGCACAGACAUAACACCGGCAGAGGUGGCAGAGGAAAUAAUGAGGACAGAUGAUGCAGAUGUUGCCCUUGAAGGACUUGUGAAGUUUCUCAAGCGCAAGAACACUGAAGUCGCAAUGGAGAGAGAAAAAGAGAGAAAGAUUGAGGGCGAAGACAAUGUACAGAAGCUGCAAAAUGAUGAUAAUGACGAAAAGAAGUUAGAUAAAAAUCGAAAUAAGAGAAGGAACCUUAGACAAAGAAAAAGGCAGACGAGGAAGCAUGGACGUUAUUGGGAUCGGGCGACAUGAGCCGCUGCCUAGGGUUUUGCAAUUGCAUAGUCAGUGUUGUCUGAAAAAAAUAAAAUCUGAUAUGCCAUUGUUGGGUUGACAUGCUUGAUAGGCACUGUCGUGAGGGAAUGUGAUGUAUGAUACUUUUGUAUUAUUUACUUAAUUAUUAUGAAUUCUAGUCCAAUUAGUAUUUUUAAUUUUAUUAUUUGUAUUUUUUUGGUAAUUUCAUGUUUAGUAAUAUUUUAUAGUUUUAGUAUUUAUAGGGCUGUAAUAAGCUUUGACAAGAAGAUCAUUGAUAAAUUAACAAUAUUUUUGAGAUUUCUCAUAA